UCCAAAAAAUCAACAACCUUUACCUUGAUGAAGUCCUUCUGAAGCCACGCCCACUGUGUGUGCUGCUCUAUUUAAACACUGCCCAAACCCAGGAGUGUUAUUCUGAACGCUGAGCUAAUUCACAGAGAGCCCAGGUGUCUGUGUUCCUGACAAACAUGUCUGUGAUUAGCCUGCUCCUAGCACACACCGCCACGGUGUCUCUGGCUUUAGUUUUAACUGCUUUUAUAUUUUUAUACUUUUACUCGAAAUCCUCCAAGUCGUCUAAUUACAACUUCCCCCCCGGCCCGCCGGCUCUACCUGUUAUUGGGAACCUGAACAUUCUGGACCUGCACCGACCGCACAAAACGCUGAGUAAGCUCGCGGAGACGUACGGCAAUGUGUUCACCUUCCACAUGGGUCCCAAGAAGUAUGUGGUUUUGACAGGCUAUGAGGCAGUCAAGGAGGCUCUAGUAACCCAAGCAGACGACUUCUCAGAGAGAGGCCAGACGCACACUACAGAAAUAUUCUCUAAAGGCGGAAAAGGCAUUAUCUUUGGUAAGGGGGAGUCCUGGAAGGUGAUGCGUCGAUUCACCCUCUCCACUCUGCGGGACUUUGGGAUGGGGAAGAAGACCAUUGAGGACCGGAUCAUUGAGGAGUCCCAGAGACUGGUGGAGGUCUUCCAGUCCCACAAAGGAAAACCCUUUGACCCCCAAAUCAUCAUCAACUCUGCUGUCUCCAACAUCAUCUGCUCCAUCAUGUUCGGAGACCGCUUCGACUACAGCGACACACAGUUCCUGAAUCUGCAAAGAAUUCUGAAUGGAAUUGUCAGUUUGAUUGUGACCCCCAAGACACAGCUGUAUAACAUUUUUCCUUUCCUGGGCUUCUUCCUGUCUGAUCACAAGAAGGCUCAUACAAACGGAACAAUGCUGCAGGAGUACUUUAGAAAUGCAUAUAAGGAUUGUAAAGACAGUGUGGACAGCAAUGACCUGAGGAGCUUCAUCGACACGUUCAUCUCCAGGCAGAGAGAAGAGGAGGCCAGAAACUUCAUCAAGUAUUUCCACGAGGAUAACAUGGCCGUCACAGCGGUGGACCUGUUUGCUGCAGGGACUGAGACCACCUCUACCACCCUGCGCUGGGGGCUGCUGCUCAUGAUGAAGUACCCCCACAUUCAGGACAAAGUCCAGGAGGAGAUUGAGAGUGUGAUUGGGAGGGAGCGCGCCCCGCACGCCGAGGACAGGAAGAGCAUGCCCUACAUGGACGCCGUGCUGCACGAGAUCCAGAGAGUGGGCAACGUGGUGCCCAUGAACCUGCUGCACGAGACCACAGGGGACACCACCUUCCGGGGGUACAGGAUACCCAAGGGUACCCCGGUGAUCCCGCUGCUCUCCUCCGUGCUCUCUGAUAAGACACAGUGGGAUACCCCUCACCAGUUCAACCCCAACCACUUCCUGGACGCGCAGGGCAAGUUUGUCAAGAGAGAUGCCUUCAUGCCCUUCUCAGCAGGUCGGAGGGUGUGUCUUGGAGAGAACCUUGCCAAGAUGGAGCUCUUCCUCUUCUUCACCAUGCUCCUGCAAAAGUUUCACUUCCGCCCACCCCAGGAGGUUAGCCCUGAGCAACUGGACCUCACCCCCAUCCCUGGCAUUACCUCUGGUCCCCAGCCCUUCCAACUGUGCGCCCUGAGCCACUGAGAGACCCUGUGAUACUGCGACCCUGCCUUACUGCAUCUGCUAGACCUUACUACAGCCACUGACCCCUCACACUGGACCCUUCAGACACUGAACUGCCAGGAUUCUGUCACCACUGAGACCCUGUGAUACUGCGACCCUGCCUUACUGCAUCUGCUAAAGGACUUAAAUGAACUCCAUUAACUGGGAUCGCCAUUGAAGAAAUGGAAAAUGAGUAAUUAAAGAAUGAAUUAAUAGGCUGAAUUGGCCUGCUUGGAAUCAGCCAUUUUACUGGGAGAAUAUCUGCUCUUAUUAAAACAAAAUCUUGAAAAGGACACGCCCAGCCGAAAAGGACACACUGGAUCAACACUGCAAUCUGAAUUAGGGAUUUUCUCCAGUUGAAUUACAGAAACUGUACUUGGGGAAUGUAAUCCAUGUAUAUUUGCAGAAAGGGUGAAGUUGUGAAAUGUAAAAGGGGUAUGUCAUGCAUUGCUUUAUAGCACACGUUUUUAUCUUUCAUGAAAAUAAUUAUCAGCUAAACAGCUAGAAAAAUGAUAAAGUAAUCUAUGAAAUUGAAUAACAGGUGCUUAGGAAUAAAUUAAUGGGUGUUGUAGAAUUCUAAUCGAAAUAUAUAUAAUAUAUACACAUACAUAUAUCCAUUUUAACAGCCGUUUGAUAAAGAAUUUAAGUACGAUUUCGUAAUAUCCUGGUAAUUAGAAUUAGUCUUGAUUUUAUUUGAAAUAUUUAGAUUUUCUGUUUUUGUUUUGUGUUUUCCUUUUUGAUAAAAUUCAUUAAAGAGAUAACAGUGUUGCAUGUUUAACUGUCUAUGAUCUUGAAGUCGGCUGGGAGAUGUUUUGUAACUAAGAGUGCUCAUUAAAGUAAAACCAUUACCCAUA